AUUAAGAUAAUAUUCUUCUCGUUCACUGUGACACAGAGUUCAACUGAGGAAGAAAAUACAUUGCGUUCUACGCUCGCUAAUUUUCGCGGGGCCGAAAAAUUCUUUGAACCAGAAACUAAAUCCAUACACCAACCCCAAUGCUAUGAGGCUCCGUAUCCCAAGUCCAGCAUCCAAACAGCCUAUCUUCAGAAUUGGCAGCUAUUCACGAUUCGUCUCAUCGAACACAUCCAAAAUGGCACCACCAACACCACUCCCCUACUCCCAAGAGUUUUCCAACACAGACGAAUACAUUACAUCUCUCCUAAACUUCUCCGCCGCCUCCACCAUAUUCCAAACCCUUUGCGGCGGCGUCCACAUCCUCGAUUUCUUCACGCGAGAACCGUCCCUAUAUCACACCGUUAUUCCCUCGGAAUGGCGCUCCUGGCUCAUGGCACGUGAUUCCAUGGACCUUUUGGAUUUCCUGAUGCGUGACGAUCUUGAUAAAGUCCGAGAUGACAACCCGCCUGAAAGUCUGAUCAAGUAUAUCCGUGAGAUCAGAAAACAUUCGCUACGGCGGACUGUUGAUAGUCGAAAGGACGAAGAAGGGAAAGCAGUGACGAAAUUACCGAGACAUGUCGCUGUAGGCAUGAUUCCGAAGAAAGUGCACGAAGUUAGCAAUUUCGCCGACUACGUUGUUCGAGUCGCUGAUUCCGUGGAGGAAACUACUGGGAAGGAAAUCACGCAUUUCGUUGAUUUCGGUAGCGGGCAGAAUUAUCUCGGUCGGACACUUGCAAGUCCGCCGUACAACAAGCAUAUUGUUGCUGUGGAGAGUAAGGAGUUGAAUAUCACGGGUGCGAAGAGCAUGGAUGUUCUUGCUGGUGUUGCGGAAAGGGAGAAGGUCAUGCGGAAUAAGAAGGUGUAUCGGAUGAAGCAGGAUCGUUUGGUGCCUACUGAUCAGCUGAAUGUCAAGGCGCUGAGGAGAGCGGCGAAGCCUGUGAAGGUCGCGCAGAAGGAGAACGAGGUCGAUAUGAGACCAAGUAAAGAUCUGGCUACUAUUUAUACGCCCGCUGAUGGCAAGGGGUACAUUCAGUACGUGGAGCAUGUUGUACAAGAUGGAGAUCUUUCAGAUGUGGUGGAGCAGAUCGAGAAGAUGAAGAUUGCAGCUCCAGCUGGCAAGUUACAGAUUGUCAACACGGGAGAUGAAAAUCCUGCAUUACCACAAGUCAUUGAGGAGUUUUCCAAGAGCGAGGAAACGCGUCUGAUGGCUAUUUCAAUCCAUUCCUGCGGGAACCUCUCACAUCACGGCAUCCGCUCCCUCCUCGUCAACCCCUCCGUCCACGCCAUCGCCAUCGUAGGCUGCUGCUAUAAUCUAAUGACCGAACGCCUCGGCCCACCGACCUACAAACUUCCGCUCCUACGUCCCAAUCUGCGCGCCAUCAAUGCCUCCGGCCAAGAGUCUGCAUCCUGCGAUCCGCACGGCUUUCCUAUGAGCGAAAAACUUUCAACCUAUAACACAGACGGGGUUAGGCUCAACAUCACAGCUCGUAUGAUGGCCGUCCAAGCGCCCCUGAAUUGGACUGAAAAAGAAAGCGAUUCUUUUUUCACCCGCCAUUUCUACCGCGCACUCCUCCAAAAAGUCUUCCUUGACUUCGGCGUCGUCAAGAAACUAACACCGAACCAAGAACCUGGCCAACCCUCCAACAACCUCGAGUCCACCGAGCCCGUAAUAAUCGGCUCAAUACGCAAAGGCUGCUAUGGUUCAUUCAAAUCAUAUUUGAGGGGCGCAUUGGAUAAGCUAGCUAAUGAUCCUGAAAGAGGCGUCAAGGUUAAUGAGCGGAUGAAGGGGAUCACGGAUGAGCAGAUUGAGGGGUAUGCGGACAGGUAUGGAGCGUUGAAGAAGGAGUUGAGUGUUACGUGGAGCUUGAUGGCGUUUAGUGCCGGGGUGGUUGAGAGUUUGAUUGUGAGUGAUAGAUGGCUUUGGUUGAGGGAGCAGGAAGGUGUGGGCGAAGCCUGGGUGGAGGCUGUCUUUGAGUAUGGGUUGAGUCCGAGGAAUUUGGUGGUGGUGGGGAUUAAGAAGUGAGAUGUACAGGUUCGGAGUCGAAACUGUGGAGUAGGGGUGGGUGAAAUUCUCAUCCUGUAUGAAACUCUGGUUAAAAGAGUCAUGGGAGGCAGGAAAUACCAUAGAUCUGAGAACAUAGACCAUAGAUGAUAGACAUACAGGCUUCAUAGAGUUGACACAUCUCAGACUCAAUUGAGAGGCUACCAACUAUCCACACUACUCAGCAUUCAAGCAUUCUGCCA